AUGGCAUCUGCUCGUCAUGUCGUCGUUUCGACAGCCUCAGGAACUGGUCAAGCACAGUCAUUCUACGAGACACAUCUGACCGACACAUUCAAAUCCCUUGGCUUCAAGCAGGGAGAGCAUUUCUUUGUCCAUUUCACCAAAUCUGAGGACACAAUCACCGAACUCACAAACGACGUUUUCUUGCCCGCUGCAAACACUGGAGCCGUGAUUUCCAUCAUCUUGCUGAGUGGUGAUGGUGGUGUCGUGGAUAUCAUCAACGCCAUUCUCACUGCAUCACGAGGCCCUGAGUUCGCUUGUCCUGAGAUUACUCUAUUACCAUUGGGUACCGGAAAUGCGUUGGCAAACUCCUUGGGCAUUACUGCGGACGAUAGUAUGGGUCUGUCGACGCUGAUGCAAGGAGAAUCACGUCCUCUACCAAUCUUGCGUACCACUUUCUCUCCAGGCUCAAGACUGCUCAUACGCGAGGGAAGCGAAGAAGCCGAGCUCUUCAACCACAACGGCAAGCCGACGAUGUGGGGCGCUGUGGUGUGUAGUUGGGGUAUGCACGCCUCGCUCGUUGCCGACAGCGAUACCACAGAGUAUCGUAAACAUGGUGUUGAGCGUUUCCAGAUGGCAGCAAAGGCAGCUCUAUAUCCUGAAGACGGCUCACCACCACACAAAUAUCGCGGUCGCGUCUCAGUCUUGCAUGGCUCUGAAUGGCGCGAGCUCGAAGACCAAGAACAUGCAUAUGUUCUCGCAACCUUUGUCUCCAAUCUGGAGAAGAACUUCACCAUCUCACCAGCUUCUAAACCAUUGGAUGGGAAGUUGAGAUUAAUACACUUUGGACCCAUGUCUGGGGAUGAGGUUAUGGCUGUCAUGACAGAGGCAUACAAGCAAGGCAAACAUGUUGAUGAUCAUAGAGUUCGCUACGAAGAAAUUGAUGGCUUGAGAAUAGCUUUCGACAACUCGGAAGAAGAUGGUCGUUGGCGAAGAAUCUGUGUUGAUGGCAAAAUCAUUCGUGUAGAGAAGGGAGGUUGGGUCGAACUUGUCAAGGAAGAUACCCAAGUUCUUGAUAUCGUUUGCAGCUCUGACCAUGUUUGA